AUGAUUCCGCGUCUUGCAUGUCUUGUUAGCGUCCUCAGUGGCCUGUAUAGCCAUGGUGUUUCUUCCGCGGCCACUACCGAUUCAAACCAUCCCUCACGCAUCGUUGAGAUUGAUGGCAUUGAUACAAGCAAUGUCACUGUAUUCAAUUGCCCACCAGGCACACGGGGUGAUGCGAGCCUCGAAUCCAUCCAAUUGGCAAUGGACGACUUUGCCUAUACGUUCUACACUGAGAAGAACGUUAAGGCUGCCUUUAAACAGUAUGUCGCCAGCAAUUAUGUCCAGCACAACCCUGGCAUAGUCGAUGGAAGGGAUGCUGCCAUUAAGGCACUGGAGCCUCUGUUUGGAAGCAGCGAACAUGGGUUUAACAUUGCCCGAGUCAUGGUGGGGAAAGAGUACACGACUAUCCAUAUCGAGGCAACCAACAAGGGCGGGCCAUCUUAUAAUGUGUUUGAUGUCUAUAGAACGAAGGGUACAUGCAUCGUUGAACACUGGGAUUGCUUGGAGGAGAUUUCUAACAAAACAGUAUCGCCCCACCCGUACUUUUAA